AUGCAACAGUCUGCUACUCGUUCUACCAAAGAAUCAGCCCGAUCGACUCAGUCACGACCAGGGGAUGCCUGGUGCACCGUUUUGUUUUGGACAGAGAAUCAUAAUAACAAGGCAAAGGCAAACCCACAAACAGAACCUAAAAUAAACAAGGAGGCCAACAAAGAUAAUGGGAACAACAACAUUGCUGCCCAAACUUUCACUUUCAGGGAAUUGGCUACUAUCACAAAGAACUUCAGGCAGGAAUGCCUAAUAGGAGAAGGUGGUUUUGGGAGGGUUUACAAAGGAAAAUUUGAAAAAACCAACCAGGAAGUAGCUGUGAAGCAACUUGACAGGAAUGGAUUACAAGGGAAUAGAGAGUUUCUUGUUGAAGUUUUAAUGUUGAGUCUUUUGCACCAUACAAAUCUGGUCAAUCUCAUUGGAUAUUGUGCUGAUGGAGAUCAACGAUUAUUGGUCUAUGAGUACAUGCCAUUGGGAUGCCUUGAGGACCAUCUUCUUGAUCUUCCUCCAGGAAAGAGGCCUCUAGAAUGGUUCAACAGAAUGAAAAUAGCUUUGGAUGCUGCAAAAGGUCUAGAAUAUUUGCAUGACAAGGCCAAUCCUCAAGUCAUCUACCGUGACUUGAAAUCAUCUAACAUCUUAUUAGACAAAGAAUUCAAUGCAAAACUCUCUGAUUUUGGACUAGCAAAGUUGGGUCCUACAGGGGACAAGUCUCAUGUAUCUUCAAGAGUCAUGGGUACUUAUGGAUAUUGUGCCCCUGAGUAUCAAAGAACUGGUCAACUAACUGUAAAAUCAGAUGUAUACAGCUUUGGAGUUGUUUUGCUUGAAUUGAUCACUGGAAGGAGAGCCAUUGAGAACACAAGAUCAUCACGGGAGCAAAAUCUAGUUUCUUGGGCAAAUCCAAUAUUCAAGAACUCUAACAGAUACUCAGAAUUAGCAGACCCUCUUCUUGAAGGAAAAUUUCCAAUGAGAUCCUUGCAUCAAGCAGUGGCAGUAGCAGCCAUGUGUUUGAAUGAGGAGCCAUUAGAGAGACCCUUGAUCAGAGAUGUUGUGACUGCUCUUAGUCUCCUUGGGACAGUCCCAGAGAAUCAAGAAGUCUCAGGAACGUCACCUGUUCACAUGCCCUCCCCAUCACAAGACCAAGAAGCCAACAAUGCCCCUAAUCUUCUUGAUCAGGAUAUCAGGGCCAUUGAACGCCAAAGGGCAGUUGCUGAAGCCAUCGAAUGGGGCACAAAUUCUAGGAACAAAGCACCACAGCGAGGAACUACUCCCUCUUUGUAA